AUGUCAAGAAAUCCAUCGUUAAUAUCAUCAUCAACAAAUUCACGUUCAUUAGAAUCCCUUUCACGUCAAUUACUUAAACGUCGUUAUUAUUAUCGUUCUUCAAUAAAUACAGAACAACAACUACCAAAAACCUCAACAGAUUCAGAACAAAAAAGAAAAGACGGUGGCCGUCAUCGUCGUCGCAAACAAAGCCAACCAAAACCUAGACCUCGUAUUAAUUCUUUAGAUUUGUUAGAAGAAGAUAAACAAAAAGAAUUAAAAAAUCAAAUAAAAAGUGAAAGUGAUAAAGAAGAUGAUGAAAUUUUGAAUUUAAAUAGAAGGCAAUCCUCAUCUUCUAAUCCCCAUCAACACCGUCAAAGACGUGCAUCACUUUGUGGUCUUCCCUCCUCAACUAUUGGACAUCGCUGUUUACUUUGUUCUAAAAAAUUUUCUUCUGCCGGAGGCUUAAAACAACACGGAAGUUCUGUCCAUCAUUCACCCAGUUCAUUACAACCUCAAAAACCUUUUCGUUGCAAUUACUGCCCCAGAGCCUAUACUCAACAUUCAAACCUUUGUAGACACAAAAAAAUACAUUCUGAACGUUUAACAACAGAAAUAUCAAUGAAGGCUUUUAAUUCUUCUUCCAAUUCUUCUUCAAAUGCUAAUUUAAAUUUAUUUAAACCUUUAUUGCAUUUGAACAAUAAUUUACAAUUAAUUCAACAGCAACAACAAAAUAUUGAAAUACAGGAGAAUAAUAAGUUAUUCAUUCCCUCGUCCACAACACCAACAAAUCCUUUAAUUAUUAUGAAUAGUCCGUUUUCCUUAAAUAAUUCUUUAUCUAAUCAAUUAUCAACAACACCAUUUUCUUCUCCUUCCUCUUCUUCAAAUUCUUCAUUAGCAUCUUCAUUAUUUCUUAAACAAAUUCAACAACAACAAUCAACUCCUUCAAAUAAUUUAUUUUUAACACCAAAAUCAACAACAACACAAAUAUUUCCUUCUCCAAAUUUUUGGCAAAAUAAUAAUCAAAAUAAUUCUUCUUCUUCUCUUUUUCCUUCAUCAAAUAAUUUUUGUUAUUUAUUACCAAGACAUCCAUCUACUACAUCAUUAACACAUUCUUCUUCUUUUUUGGCUAUGGCAGCUGCUGCUGCUAUGGCUAGAAAUUUAAAUUCAGUUAAUAAUCAUUCAUUUAAAUUAAACAAUGGAAUAAAUAUUGAAAAUGAAAAUUUGUUUUCGUCGUCUAAUCUUUUUAACAAUAACGACUCUAUUCGAAAAACUAAAUUGACAAAUUCUGAUGGGGAAAGUUCACCAGAUCCAAGCUCUACAACUGAAGAAUGUGGAUCUUCUGGCUUAUCUCAUUUGGAUAUCAUAAAUAAAUAUUCUAUUCUUUAUUUAAAUAGAGAACAUCGGCAAUCAUCAUCACCAAAUUCUUCUUUAAACACUUCUGGAAGAAAUAAAUUAAUUAUAUCCUCAUCAUCCCCACUUUCAGAUUUAUCAAUUUCAACAAUUCCUGAAGGACAACAAAAGAAGCAUGAAAAGGAAGAAAAAUAUGAAUUAGGGCAACAACAAGCAAUUAUAGAUCAACCAACAUUAGCUUCUUUAUAUUCUGCUAGUGCUUUUCUUGGAUUACUUCAAAGAGGGGGAGUUGGAGGAGGGGGAUGUAUUAAUAAUAUUCCUGUUACACAACAAUUUUCAGCAUUACCAAAUCAAUGGCAAUCUACAACAACAAAUAUUAAUGAUAAUACUUCUCCAUCUGUUAUUAAACUGGGACAAAAACAACAAAAAGAAACAAAGAACAAUAUAAAUGAAUUAUUAAAAAUUAAUCAAAAAAUAUCAAAAAGAAAAUUGGAAGGAAUUGGGAAAAUUACUCAAAGAAAAGGGAUUAGAAAAAGUAGAGAAGGCAAAAUUAAUGGAACAAGAAUUACUGGACAAACAAUUAAAGAACGUUAUCAAUGCAGAUUUUGUCAAAAAGUAUUUCCACGCUCAGCUAAUUUAACUAGACAUUUGAGAACACAUACUGGAGAACAACCAUAUAAGUGCCAACAUUGCGAACGUUCUUUCUCAAUAAGUUCAAAUUUACAACGUCAUGUACGUAAUAUACACAACAAAGAAAAACCUUUUCGAUGUUCACAUUGUGACCGUUGCUUUGGGCAACAAACAAAUUUGGACAGACAUUUAAAAAAUGCUAAAGGACAUCACGAACAAACUGAAAAAAUGCCCGCAGAUUCGACAACUAGUGGUGGACAAAUUUUAUUAAGCAGAAAAAAUUCUUUUUCUUCAAAUAAUUCUUCCACUCCACCAAUCAUUCAAUCGGCAAAAAAUAAUAAAAAAAUAAAAGGAAACAACAAUAGUAUGUUUAGCAGUAUUUCUAAUUUUUUCUCUUCCCAGACAGAAAUUAAUAAUAAUUCAAAUAAUUAA